CAGAGGACUCUUGAGAUCUAGGCAAACAGCAGACAAAAUGAACAAAUUGGAGGUUCUUGGAGUGUUCGGAGAAAAAGUAUAGAAUUCAGUCUGCCUAUACUCCACCCAUCCACCCCCUGCAGCCAUUCUGUUGGCUGGUAAAACAAUGGGCUGGGCUGAAAUGAUAAAAUCUAAGCUGUUUCCUGGGGUUGGACUUUUCCUGAAUGAGGAACUCGCCUGUUGCCCUUUAGAUUGCAUAAGAGUGAUGAAAUAAAACAGGCUGGUAAGCAACUGUGCCUGGAAGCAGAAAGAGAAGCACAGUUGUGGAGUGGAAGUGGAGAACUUUCUUAGAGAAUACAGCAACUCCAGAGGGUAUACGCAGGAGGCUGCUGCUUUCUUUGUGAUACCCUUGCAUCUCAGACCAUGGCCAACCAAGCAGACUACAACGACUUCUUGCACGAGCACAAGGAGGUCUUCCGGAGGUUCCCGCUGGAGCUAGUCCAUGGGAUCCCCCUGAUGGAGCCCAUUGCUCAACAGUGGGCUCCGAUUGAAAACUUCCAGGCGCGGCCAGAUGACUUGCUUCUCUCGACUUACCCCAAAGCAGGUACCACAUGGAUUCAAGAGAUUGUUGACCUGGUCCUUAACGGCGGCGAUGUAGAAAAAGCUCGUCGAGCUCCCGUGUACGUCCGGAUCCCAUUUCUAGAAAUUUGCUCUCCACCCCCGGUGCCUUCAGGGGUCAGCAUUCUGGUAGAUACCCCAUCUCCUCGUGUGAUCAAAACCCACCUCCCCUUCCAGCUUGUUCCUAAAAGCUUUUGGAAAAAGAAAUGCAAAGUGAUCUAUGUUGCUCGUAAUGCCAAGGACAACCUGGUCUCCUACUUCUUCUUUGACCAGAUGAACGUGACACAGCCAGACCCUGGGCCGUGGGAUGGCUAUGUUAAGAAAUUCAUGGAGGGCAAAGUUCCCUGGGGCUCUUGGUAUGACCAUGUCCGGUGUUACUGGGAUGAGAAAGGAAACCACCGCAUCCUGUACCUCUUCUAUGAGGACAUGAAAGAGGACUUGGCUCGCGAGGUCCGUCGUGUGAAAGAUUUCCUGGAGGUUGAACUGUCUGAGGACGCCCUUCAGAAGAUUGUCCACCACGCAUCAUUCCAGACCAUGAAGAAGAACCCAAUGACAAAUUAUGAGACCGUCCCCAACGUCAUCUUCGACAAAACAAAAGGCAACUUUAUGAGGAAAGGUGAAGUUGGUGACUGGAAGAAUUAUUUCACAGUGGCUCAAUGGGAGGAGUUUGACGCAGAUUACCGGCGCAAGAUGGAAGGAACGACCCUGCGUUUCCGGGAUGUAUUAUAGACUCAGAAAACUGCCGCUCUUGUAUUUUAUUCUUGGCCAAGAAAAAAAUACAAAUUAUUCAUCGAUUUGAAAAUAAGAGGUGGCUUCUCCCUACUGGACCUAAGGUUAUAUUAUGAGGCAUCCUGCCUGUGCUGGCUUCGGGAAUGGAUAAUUUAAAAUAAUACGAAUAUUUUAGACCAUAUCUAUGGCAUGAAAAGGCAAAAGUUCAUAAAGGAUUCUUGAAUCAUUUUGUAAGAAAAUCAAUUUGUGUGGUAUGGGAGAAAUAUAAUUUACUAGAACAGAAAACACCAUGGUGGCUUUCCCCACUGGAAGCGAUAUCCUUGAAAAAUGUAAAUAUGAGAAAUGACUGGGCAGCAGAACACCAGUUGAAAUUGAAGGAUUUUGAGGAUAUGAGAUUUAUUAACUGACUGGUUACAAUAUCAUCAAUUAAAUUAUUUUUAAAAGAUAGAUAAAAGGAAGGGUUUUAGUAAUGAAACUUCAAGGUUUAAAAAGGAAUUGUUGGGAAAACACUGUAAAAUUACUUUCUAAAACGGGUAGAUUGCUUUUGGAAUGGUAUACGAAAGAUUACCGUAAAAGGUUAAAUCAGCAAUGAUACACUGGGUGAGAGAUCUGGAGUUUAAUAUUCAGCUUUCAUCAUGGAAGAAGUUAUGGAGAACUGAUUUGAAAUUUACAGCAUGGCAUAACCAGCUCGGGGGGUGGGGGUGGCGGCGGGCGCUGCCUGUGCCACCUUUUUCCUCCUUAGUCUCAACAUUGCCUUGUGCAAUUCAGCAGAGAGGAGGAUGGGGACAAAACUAUAAUUCUUUGUCUCUCUGCCAGGCACCUGCUCUUGCUCCACCUAUUGCUGGUCUCCCUGCCUUCCACCCAACCAGCCCCAAAGGGCACCAGCCAUCCAGCACUGGUUACUUGAUUCAGGUGAAAGCCAACAAGUCCCAACAAAAUGCAGCAAAGUCCAGCAAGGUCCAAUAAGAUUCAAAGCGGCCCAGCCAGGCCCACCAAAGUUCACCAAGGUCAAAUGAAUCCAGCAAGAUCUAACAAGUUCAGUCCAAGAAGUCCAGCACAGUCAACCAGUACAGUAGGGUCCAGCAAGUUCAGCAAAGUCCACCAGAGUCCAACAAAAACCAAUGGGCUUCCAAAAAACCCUCCCAAAAAAACAAUAUUGCAAUCACAGCUUUAACAUGAACUGUUAUUUGACUUUAAUUAACAUUUCAUUGAUACAAAAGCUGUACUCCUGGGGCUUUUUGGACGUAUUGCUGAGCUGUGGCUUAGCACUGGAGGAAUUAGUUUGGUCUCUUUCCCGACUCAAACACUCCCUUCUCUUCCUCUUGUGUUGCCAAGAAUAGGCUUACAGAAGCUUUCUUUUCCAUUUUUUGUUAACCAUGCCUUCUCGCUUUGUCUGAAGACGGGAUCGUGAUUUAAUGCUACCCUAUGGCCAGUUUCAAACAGCCCAACUUCAAGCCAUGGUUUGUGAAGCUGGCUUGCUUGUUAGCGUUAAGCACAAUCUUCAUUUUGGAUGAGACAGCCUCUGUAAAAACAUGUUGCGCUGCAGGCUUAUAUAUUAGCAAAUUAACCAGGCUUGCUUUGUGAAAUUUAUUAACAUAGGAAUAAUUCUUGGUGAAGAUGAUUCUCUUGGAAGCCUGCCAAGGCUCUUGCCUUGUGUGAGUUCAAUCUCCUAGAGUGAAAUGGGUCUUUGGGGAACUAGAGGAAUGGUCAGCUGCACAAUCAAGCUGGGGUGCUCUCCUAUGCAGAAGGUUGCGUACAGGAAGGACAGAAUCAAAAGAACAGCACAAAAUAAAGCUCUGGCCUCCUGUAUUCAUCUAAUUUUUAAUUAUUAUACUGGACCUUUUUGCAGGACUACAGCACAUAGCAAGCAUAAGAAACCUUUCAGCUGUAAUGCAAACAGAAUCAAAUUUGCAGGGAAACAAUUCCCAAAUUGCAUUUUAACAAUAACAGUAACAAACAAUGUUUCUUUCUCGAGAGUGUCAUCAAAUGCCUGGAAAACGCCCUCUCUAAUUGUUCCCCCCUCAGCAAAUAUAAAAUGGAGACAAAUAUUUUUAUUCUGAUCAUACUACUUGUUUAUCUAUCCAUUUCAGGAACGAUAUUAUCAAGCCCCCCCCCCCCCCGCCACAGUUUUGUUUAACCUCCUUAACUAUGUAAAAUCCCUUACCCUAUUGUUAAUCCCAGAGGUUCAUUUUCAACGGUAGAUAUACUGCCAUGUCUCCAAAUUAUUUCUAGCAGCUUCCAUAUAAACAGCCAACACAUUACAAUGGACCCGACCAAGUUCACACAAUAAAUCCAUGGUGGAUUUAAAAUUUAAUCCCAGUUUCCACCCCCUCUGCUCAGUAGACCAUAAGGCCUACCGUAUCUGUUUCUACUUCCUCAAAUGGGUAAGGAACAUUGUUACUGAUUUCCUUUCAUUCUUUUGUUUUUCUUGUGAAAGGGAUGGGCAAAAUUCCAGUGAAUGUACUCCGGGACAUGAGAUCUGAACCACUGUGGGACACUGAAGAGGGGACAAAGGCAUCAUUCCUACAUAAUAAGCCAAAGAUCAAACUGUGUCAUGAUUGUUUGCAACGGUACAUGGUACAGAGCAGCAGUCGGCAGACAUCAGGCUUGUUGGAUCUGUUUAGAUCAAGUGUGGGGGACCUAUGACCCUCCAGGUGUUGCCAUAUUCUGAAGAGCAAAAAAAGAGGACACAGAGCCCCCACCCCUGGGCUAAAGCCUAGUGUCCAAGCACAUGUGCUGCAGAGGCCCAGAGUUCAAAUUCCAGCUAAAAGCUUCAGGUAGCAAGUGACGAGAAAGGCCCUUUCUCUGCUUGAGCCUCUGGGAUAGAUAGCAAGGAGGGUGUGGGGCAAGACAAACUCAGGUGUUUUAUACCUGUGUCGGCAUUAAGCACCUUAAGAUAGAAGGAGCCCAACUCCAGGUUUAUCGCUUCGGCCUCUUGUACAGCGCCUAGUACACAGCUGGGUGGGGAGCAGCAAAACGUAAGCAGCAGUGAUUUGGGUGUACAGGGUGGGAGGAAGGGCUUCUUGCCCUCACCCCGGCUGGACCCUGUGAAAGGGGGAGAUGGGCGGGCAAGUCCUCUGCUGCCCUCUCUCAGCUCCCAACAGCCAGACACAUGCUUCAAUCUCACCCUGGGCCCACCACACGAAAGGGAGAGGUUCAAGUUUGCUCCUCCCUGCGUAGCAUCACGUCUUGCCUCACAAGGCUCCCUGAGCGGCUGAAAGGGAAUUAACAAAGCGGAAUCUUUUGACCCAGAUGUGGAAGAAGCCAGAUGUGCUGGCGACUUUGCAAGUCACCAUAGGGAUAGGAAAAUUGUAAGAGUGGCCAUAGUCUGUUGACACGGAGGAGAAACGGGGGGAACUUUCCUGUUUUCUUUCUGUUUAGUAGCAUUGCCACUUACUAAUGGUACCUACUAAUGGUGCCAAACAAACCAAACAAACCUGGACAUUUUGCCUUAUUU